CGACCGGAGGCGGCGGAAGGCGAAACCGCGGCAGUGCCGAUGGCAGCUUUCGGCCUCCCGUCGUACUGUUGCUCUUCAUCUGUCUCCUGGCUCCGUUGCUCUUCUUUGCGACGCGCGGCGGUAUUCGUUCCGCCGACUCCUCCAGUGAGUCUUCGAGUUCUCACCUAACGUUAUUGUGGUUCUUGUAUUUAGUAGACCUCUAUUUUCUGAAUUGAGCUUGACUGCUUGGUUGCCGCUUUGAGGGUUCAAGGUCUUGAAAUUAUGUUGGGUGUAUUUCCGCUCAGAUCCGGUUCCUUUCCUCAUUUUCAUUGUUUUUGCUACUCGUCGUUAGACAACUUAUCACGUCAAGCAAUUCCCUGAUUAUUUCUUGUUGCUGCCGCAUUUUGACUUUUGAUGGUUAGUGCAUUUUCAAAGAAAACCAAAUAAUGUAUACCUAAAUUUCGUAUGUAUCAAUUAUGCUGAAGAACAUGAAACCUAAAGCAGCUUUGGAGUUAACGAUUAGUGGAAGAAGUUUUCCAUGUUUAAAUCAUCUUCUUCCUUUCUUCACUUAGUUUCAUUGCAUUCCUCUUCCAAAGUUCAACAACGGUUGGUGUUGCCAAGAGUCAUAGUAGAUAACGAGAAUGAGUCAACAUUAUUGUCCUAUUAUUUGAUGUAAUCAAUAAUAAACUGUCUUUUUGUACAUUUCAUUUCAACCCGAAAUCAAAUAAAAAGGACAAUAUUUGUAAUUUUUUGACAAGAUCGUAUGUAAACAUAACUUUUUGUUAUAAAACUUUAUCAACAUGCUCCCUCAAUCUUCUUAUGCUAUUAAAUAUGAUAUAAUAAUAUUUUCUUUAUACUUGUGAGUGUAAAAUUUAUUCCAAGUAGGGCUGAAUUUUUUAGCAUAUUUUGUAAUUUAUGGCUAAAUCUUUUAAGAAUGGUUUGAAAUUCAUGAAAUGUUUUGCAAGAUAAUUCUGGAUUUGAUAUUCUUGAUCAAUUUACUCAAUGCUUGGGCAGUAAACCAAGGGAGGAAAGAGAAAGUAGAACCUUAGAGAUACUGGGAGAUGAAUGAAGAAGUUAGUAAGAGAAAUAGUACACGAGGAAUUCAAAUGCAUGGUUGAUGAUUUAUUCAACAUUACAUAUGAUUGAACUAUUAUGUUGUCAAAAGUGGGCUUCAAACUUCUGGGGCAGAAAGGUAUUCACAAAUUUGUUUUCUCUUACUGUUUUACUUGUCAUGACAUUCAGCUCUAUCUUUUCAUUAUAUCUAUACUCCCGAUUAUCAUACAGAAUUUAAAUUGGAAAGAACAGUUGAUAAUCCAGCACCUCAAACCGAUUCUGACGAAAGAGGUUCUGUUAUUUGUUGAUAAGUUUGUCAGACUGAUCCACCUAGUUCAGGUGGUUGAUUUAAUAUCUGCAAGCCAACGUGAGAUGGGACAGUGGAGCCUUGAUUAUCUCAGAACACACCAUGUAUCUUCAUGGCAAGUUGAUGGAGCUGGUUAUGCUUAUGUUGAUAAUUCAACUUUGACAGAGAUACCUCAAAAUGCUUCAAGGAUCGAAAAAAGAAAUUCUGCAAAAUUUGACAAUGAUGCCAGGGUUGGUUCUUUGUGGACUAAGGAUAAAGAUACUAAACAUUCUUCAGAUGGACACGGACAUGUUGACUCACCUGUGAAAAUUGUUCUAAGGCAACUACGAGAGAAGAGAAGAGACAAGAGAGCAAUGGAAUUGCUUAAGCAGGAUGGCGAGGCAUUGGUUAGACUUGAAAAUGCUGCUAUUGAACGUUCAAAAAUAGUGGAUUCUGCAAUCCUGGGAAAAUAUAGUAUAUGGAGGCGAGACAGCGAAAAUGAAAAUUCAGAUUCAACUGUUAGGUUGAUGCGUGACCAAAUAAUCAUGGCUAGGGUCUACAUCGUACUUGCUAAAUCAAAGAACAGGCUUGAUCUUUAUCAGGAACUGCUGACUCGCAUCAAGGAAAGCCAACGUUCAGUGGGGGAGGCCAAUACUGAUGCUGACCUCCAUCAUAGUGCUGAUAAAAUCAAAGCAAUGGGUCAAGUCUUGUCAAGAGCUAGAGAGGCAUUAUAUGACUGCAAAACAGUGAUUCAAAGGCUUAGAGUGAUGCUUCAAUCUGCAGAUGACCAAGUUAGGAGUUUGAAGAAGCAGAGCGCAUUCCUUAGCCAGUUGGCUGCAAAGACAAUUCCUAACGGGAUCCACUGCUUGUCUAUGCGCCUCACUAUAGACUACUACCUCCUUCCUAUAGAGAAAAGGGUGUUUCCGCGGAGUGAAAAUCUGGAAAGUCCAAACCAUUACCAUUAUGCCCUCUUCUCUGAUAACAUCUUAGCUGCAUCUGUAGUUGUAAAUUCAACAAUCAUGAAUGCUAAGGAACCAGAGAAACAUGUCUUUCAUCUAGUGACUGAUAAAUUGAACUUUGGAGCAAUGAACAUGUGGUUUUUGUUAAAUCCGCCUGGCAAUGCAACUAUUCAUGUAGAAAAUGUUGAUGAUUUCAAAUGGUUGAACUCUUCGUAUUGUCCAGUUUUGCGGCAGCUUGAAUCUGCUGCCAUGAAAGAGUACUAUUUUAAGGCUGAUCAUCCAACAACUCUAUCAGCAGGUUCUUCCAAUUUAAAAUACAGAAACCCAAAGUAUCUGUCUAUGCUGAAUCAUCUCCGGUUCUACCUCCCAGAGGUUUAUCCCAAGUUGGAUAAAAUUCUAUUUCUUGAUGAUGACAUUGUUGUUCAGAAGGAUCUGACUCCAUUAUGGUCUGUAGACCUUAAAGAAAAUGUCAAUGGUGCAGUGGAGACAUGUGGUGAGAGUUUCCAUCGCUUUGACAAAUAUCUGAAUUUCUCAAAUCCUCAUCUUGCCCGUAACUUUGAUCCCAAUGCAUGCGGAUGGGCUUAUGGGAUGAAUGUGUUUGAUCUCAAACAAUGGAAGAAGAAAGAUAUAACUGGUAUAUAUCACAAGUGGCAAAAUAUGAAUGAAGACAGAGUUUUGUGGAAGCUUGGGACACUCCCUCCAGGACUUUUGACAUUCUAUAAACUGACAUAUCCUCUGGACAAAUCAUGGCAUAUACUAGGCUUGGGUUAUAAUCCUAGCAUUGAUCCCUCAGAGAUACAAAAUGCUGCUGUGAUCCAUUACAAUGGAAACAUGAAACCUUGGUUGGAGUUGGCAAUGACUAAAUACCGGCCAUACUGGACCAAGUACAUUAAAUAUGAUCAUCCUUAUAUUAAGGGCUGCAAAUUAAUACAGUAGGAUAAAAUUCAGUUUGAAAAGCGCUCUCUUGCCUGAGAUGUUAAGAUGGAGAAUGAAAUAUUCCCCUUCCAGUGUAAAUGUCCACAUGCUAUUUUUUUCCCCUCAGACAAUUGGAGAUUCUCCGGUGCUGAAACAUAUAGCAACUGUGAUGGCAGGAGAAGUACAGUUUCUUUGACUCUCUUUUUUCAUCAAUUUUUUCCCCGAUGUACGCUGUGUGAAAACUUUUCCUGGGAAAUUAUUUUUAUAUUGAUUGUGCAGACUUUUACUUGAGAUUCA